UUCUGAAAAACGUGCCACUGAUGUCACAAUGUUUUUAUGUUACAGUUGCACUCAUAGCAAACAGCAUUCAAUGGCCAGUUUGAAAAGUUCUUGUCCAAAAGUUGCUGUCAUCGGUGCUGGUAUUAUCGGUCUUUCUACGGCUCUUUGUAUAAAGGAAACCUUGCCCCUUGUUGACCUAACAGUUAUUGCAGAUAAAUUUGACAAUGAUACUUUGAGUAGUGGAGCUGGUGGACUGUUUGGCCCCGAUGUAAGCAUUGGACCCAGUGAGGAGGUUUAUAGACAAUGGUGCAGAGACAGCUACGACCACUUUUUAUCUCUUCUCCAGUCACCGGAUGCGAGUAUAGCUGGCGUUAUACCGUUAUCAGGAUAUGAUCUGAGUACUACAACUGAGGAGUCUGUUAAAACUGAUGUUUUAGUUGAGCUCAUACCGUCUAUAAGGUCAGUCACUGAACAAGAACUGAAGCUUUUCCCUCCGGAAAUCAGGGCUGGAAUAUUUUACACCUUAUUUGUCGUUGACUGUCGCCGUUAUUUACCUUGGUUGAAAAACAGGAUCGAACUUAGAGGCGGAAAAAUACGAUGUAGUAAUAUCAAAAGUUGUGAAGAGCUCGCUGGGCAGUUUGAUGUUCUGGUCAACUGUACAGGAAUGGGGUCGAAGCAUCUGUUCGGUGACAAAUACUUGACACCGGUGCGCGGACAAGUAAUCAAGGUGUCAGCUCCAUGGAUCAAGCAUUUUUAUUUUGCAGAACACACUUACGUCAUUCCAGGGACUGAUUACGUAACACUUGGAGGUACUAAAGGACUAGGCAAUUGGAGAACUGACUUGUCUUCUCAUGACCGACAGUCCAUUUGGGAAAGAUGUAUCCGCCUUGUACCCAGUCUUGAGAAAGCCAAAAUUUUGUGGGAGUGGGUCGGACUUAGACCCUUCCGCCAGCCUGUUCGUGUUGAGAAAGAGACAAUAAAGUUGAAUAAUGGAACACAAAAGGUUAUACACUGUUAUGGCCACGGAAGUCAUGGCAUUGGUUUAUCUUGGGGAACUGCAAAACAUGCAGUAGUGUUGCUCCAAGAAAUGCUAAAUGUUUCAAAUUACAUGAGUCACCUAUGAUUCAUGACAGUACAAUGCUAACUUUUAUGGAAAAAAAAUAGUCAGGACAUCAGCUUAAGCCAGGAGAAAAACACUUCUAUUUUCAGUAAUUCAAAAAUUAUAUUUUGUUAAGUAAAGUUCUGCUAAUUUGUACAGUUUUUUCCCUUGUUGAUAGAAAUGCAUAUUAGGUUCAAUAAAAGCAAUGACUGAUAAGAGCCAUAAAA